CCCAUCUUCCUCCUUCUUUGAAGGUUAGUUCUCCACACAACUCUCCUUUUCCCUUGGCUCGUCAGUCCAACUCUAGAGCGAAUCCUCUGGUGGAAGUUCAGCUUUCAUCUUGUACUAGCUCACUUUGUUUUCAUGAGUCAAGGUCUAGAGAAAAAUUUGGAAGGUCGACCAUCAUCAUGAUUGACCCGAACGUGGCAACCCAACAUGCAAGUGACCAAGUAGUUGAUGGUUCUUCUCUUGUUAACCACGUUUUUCAGUGCAAUGGGAUCUCAUCUUCCACUUCCAUUCCUAUUCCUGUAGACACUUUGUAA